AUGCACAAUCACAGUCUCUAUGGAGGAAAGAACUUCCAUCCUUCUUCAAGAAUGUCCAUCCUUUCAGAACGGCAUCUGCUUCUGCAAGCUGCAAAUGGCCCUGGAGAUUCAGGACUUAUUCUCUCAACUGAUGCUAAGCCCAGGCUAAAAUGGACCGCAGACCUCCAUAAAAGGUUUGUAGAAGCAGUCCAUCAGCUUGGAGGAGCAGAUAAGGCUACUCCAAAAUCAAUUUUGAAAGUUAUGGGGAUUCCGGGACUUACCUUAUACCAUUUAAAGAGUCAUCUUCAGAAAUACAGACUUAGCAAGAAUCUGCAUGGACAAGCAACUAAUGGGACAAACAGAGCUGUGGCAGAAGUGAAAGUGUCAGAAGCAAAUGGACCUCACAUGAACAAUUCAAGUACUGGAAUACAAGUGAACAAAAACUUACAUAUAAGCGAAGCAUUUCAGGUUCAAAUUGAAGUGCAGAGAAGGCUUCAUGAGCAAAUGGAGGUGCAGAGACACAUGCAACUGCAUAUUGAAGCACAGGGAAAAUAUCUACAGGCUGUGCUGGAGAAAGCUCAAGAGACUCUCGGAAGACACGACUUAGGCUCCGUCGGACUCGAAGCAGCCAAGAAUCAACUCUGCGAGCUGGUCUCUAAAGUGUCUGCCGAUAGCCUAAGCUCCGCAUUUCCCGAUUUGAUCAAUCUCCAUCUUCACCAAAUGCAAAUGAACCAGAACACCGAUUGUUCGUUCGACAGUUGCCUGACGUGCGAAAGACCUCAAAAGGACCGGGAGGUGGACGUCGAUGGAUCGCGAUCAAGGGAUCAUCAUCCUAACCCGUUUCUGCUCUCGUCGGACAUCGCAGACCAUUGCAAAACGGGGCAGACUGUUCGCGAAGACACAGGAGAGAGAGUGAAGGUGGCAAUUUGUGAUUUAUCCACGAACUGCGGUUACCGGAGCUCCUCCGAGGCAACGAACGGAGGAGUCAACGAGAAAAUCAAGCUCACGAGUCCCGGACGAACCAGCGACGGCGAGACGGACUCGACCAAAGCGGAACGCGAGGGAUUGUCGCUCGAUUGCGGGCAUUCUGGCCCUCGGUCGAAGCUGGACCUGAACGCUCGCGAUGAAGGCAGAGACGCUUCGAGCCGCAGGCAGAUUGAUCUGAACGGUUUCGGCUGGAGCUAAAAAAGCCACGCUCACGGCGAGCUUACGCGACGGGGAAGAGCGACGAGGGUGAGCAUCGCCAAGUUCCGUCGCAGCUGCCUCCGGAGUUCGGAGCCGGGGGCAUCAGCCGACUCCUUCGUAGCACCGUUCUGUAGCGGGAAAGGAUAAAAGCGAGAUUGUCACUCAA